GGCAGAGACGGGACAAGCGUGUUUUCCCGCCUCCUGUGGGGCGAUGGCGGUCACUUCUGCGCCUAACAAAGCCGUCAAUACAGUAGCUGCAUCUGUGGUUGUUCCUUAAAGGAGUUAAAACCAUCGAGUACUGUAUUGCUAGACAGGAUGGGAGGAGAGGAGAAGCGCGGACGAACUUCCUCUUCCGGAUGGCUCGUGGGAGGAAGGUGGUGUGCAGAGUAGUAUUUUGUGCUCUUCCAAGGAUCAAAAGCAUCGGCUGGAAGACAAAGAUGAUGCCAAUAUAAGCACACUGGACAACAAGCAACAUUGAAAAGCAAAGCAAAUUGAAGCAGAAAUAAAAAUAUUUUCCAUUUCCUUCAGAAAGCCACACAAUUUCUGGCUAUUGUGGGAAAAGCAGAGAGUUCAAAUCACAAGAGGAUCCACACUGGAGAACAGCCAUAUAAAUACUCUGAAUGUGGCAAAAGCUUUGGUCAGAAUAGCUUCCUUGUGAUUCAUAGACGUAUCCACACAGGAGACAUGCCCUACAUCUGCUCCCAAUGUGGUAUAUGCUUUAGCAAGCAUCACAACUUUUUGAUACAUCAGGAGACUCACACUAGGGAGAAUCCAUACGAGUGUCCAGAUUGUGGGGAAAGUUUCAUUGCAAAUUCCGACCUGGUGAUACACCAGAGAACUCACACAGGAGAAAAACCUUUUGAAUGGCCUGAUUGUGGGAAAAGUUUCAGUCUCAAUUCCAGCCUGGUGAACCAUCAGAGCACUCACACAGGAGAGAAACCCUUUGAAUGUUCUGAUUGUGGGAAACAAUUCAGUCGGAAUUCCCACCUAGUGAUACAUCAGAGAACUCACACAGGAGAGAAACCCUUUGAAUGUCCUGAUUGUGGGAAAAGUUUCAGUCUCAAUUCUGACCUGGUGAACCACCAGAGGAUUCACACAGGAGAGAAACCGUAUGCGUGUCCAGUUUGUGGGAAAAGUUUCAUUGCAAAUUCCCACUUGGUGAAACACCAGAGGACUCACACAGGUGAGAAACCAUAUGAGUGUCCACAGUGUGGGAAAAGUUUCAGUCAGAAUUCCAACCUGGUGAACCACCAGAAGACUCACACAGGAGAGAAACCCUUUGAAUGUCCUGAUUGUGGGAAACAUUUCCGUCAGAAAUCCUCCUUGGUGUUUCACCAGAGAACACACACAGGAGAAAAACCUUUUGAAUGUCCUGAUUGUGGGAAAAACUUCAGUCUCAAUUCUAGCCUGCUGAUACACCAGAGAACACAUACAGGAGAGAAACCAUACGAAUGUCCAGAUUGUGGGAAAAGUUUCAGUUGCCGUUCUAACCUGGUGAAACACCAGAGCACUCACAUAGGAGAGAAACCAUAUGAGUAUCCAGAUUGUGGAGAAAGUUUCAGUUAUCAUUCUAGCCUUGUUAUACAUGAGAGUACUCACACAGAAGAAAAACCCUUUGAAUGUCCUGAUUGUGGGAAAUGUUUCAGUCUCAGUUCCAGCCUGGUGAACCACCAGAAGACUCACGCAGGAGCGAAACCCUUUGAAUGUUCUGAUUGUGGGAAACUAUUCAGUCGGAAUUCCCACCUAGUGAUACACAAGAGGACUCACACAGGAGAGAAACCCUUUGAAUGUCCUGAUUGUGGGAAAAGUUUCAGUCUCAAUUCUGACCUGGUGAAGCACCAGAGGACACACACAGGAGAGAAACCGUAUGAGUGUCCAGUUUGUGGGAAAAGUUUCAUUGCAAAUUCCCAUCUGGUGAAACACCAGAGGACUCACACAGGAGAGAAACCAUAUGAGUGUCCACAGUGUGGGAAAAGUUUCAGUCAGAAUUCCAACCUUGUGAAUCACCUGAGGACUCAUACAGGAGAGAAACCCUUUGAAUGUCCUGAUUGUAGGAAACGUUUCAGUCAGAAAUCCUCCUUGAUGUAUCACCAGAGAACUCACACAGGAGAAAAACCUUUUGAAUGUCCUGAUUGUGGGAAAAACUUCAGUCUCAAUUACAGCCUGCUGAUACACCAGAGGACACAUACAGGAGAGAAACCGUACGAGUGUCCAGAUUGUGGGAAAAGUUUCAGUUAUCGUUCUACCCUGGUGAAACAUCAGAAGACUCACAGAGGAGAGAAACCAUAUGAGUGUCCAAAUCAGGGGUGUCAAACUCAAGUUCAUUGUGGGCCGCAUCAGGGUUGUAAGCUUCACCAUCCCUCUCGGACCACGCAAAGGACCCCCAGACAGCAGCGCAAGCGCCCGGACACAGCCCUCGGAGCGCAAGCGCCCAGCCUGGCCCUCAAGCACUGGGACCCCACAGCCCAGCCCCACUUCUUCAAGGACCCCAGCUGCGCUUACUUCCUCCUCAAGGCUCCUGCUGCUUUGGUCGUUCUCCUUGGGCACGUUGCUAAUGGUAUAGUUCCCAUUUCCUUCAGAAAGCCUAUUGUGGGAAAAGCACAGAGUUCAAAUCACAAGAGGAUCCACACUGGAGAUCAGCCAUAUAAAUCCUCUGAAUGUGGCAAAAGCUUCGGUCACAAUAGCUCCCUUGUGAUUCAUAGAAGGAUCCUCAUAGUAGAGAUGCCCUACAACUGCUCCCAAUGUGGUAAAUGCUUUCGCAAGCAUGGCAACUUUGUGAUACAUCAGCGGACUCACACUAGGGAGAAACCAUAUGAAUGUCCAGAUUGUGGGAAAAGUUUUAUUGCAAAUUCCCACCUGGUGAUACACCGGAGGACUCACACAGGAGAGAAACCCUUUGAAUGUUCUGAUUGUGGGAAACAAUUCAAUCGCAAUUCCCACCUAGAGAUACACAAGAGGACACACACAGGAGAAAAACCCUAUGAAUGCCCUGAUUGUGGGAAAGGUUUCAGUCUCAAUUCCAGCCUGGUGAAACACCAGAGGACUCACACAGGAGAGAAACCCUUUGAAUGUUCUGAUUGUGGGAAACAAUUCAGUCAGAAUUCCAGCCUGGUGAAACAUCAGAGGACUCACACAGGAGAGAAACCCUUUGAAUGUCCUGAUUGUGGGAAAAGUUUCAGUCUCAAUUCCAGCCUGUUGAUACACCAGAGGACUCACACAGGAGAGAAACCAUACGAGUGUCCAGAUUGUGGGAAAAGUUUCAGUCACCAUUUUAACCUGGUGAACCACCAGAGGAUUCACACAGGGGAGAAACCAUACAAUUGUCCAGAGUGUGUGAAAAGUUUCAGUCAGAGUUCCAACCUUGUGGAUCACAUGAGGACUCACACAGGAGAGAAACCCUUUGAAUGUCCUGAUUGUGGGAAACAUUUCAGUCAGAAAUCCUCCUUGGUGAAACACCAGAGGACUCACACAGGAGAAAAACCUUUUGAAUGUCCUGAUUGUGGGAAAAACUUCAGUCUCAAUUACAACCUGCUGAUACACCAGAGGACACACACAGGAGAGAAACCAUACAAGUGUCCAGAUUGUGGGGAAAGUUUCAUUUACCGUUCUAUGCUGAUGAAACACCAGAGCACUCACAAGGGAGAAAAACCAUAUGAGUGUCCAGAUCAGGGGUGUCAAACUCAAUUUAAUUGAGGGACGCAUCAGGGUUGUGGUUGAUCUCGUGGGUGGUAGUGGCCAAAGUGUGUGUGGCUGGGGUGACGUCGCAUGGCCAGCUUGACGUCUGUUGCAUCAUGGGGUGCCUCUGGCAGCCCAGGCAGGUGUGGGCAAUUCAUUGUCUCCAGCAGUGGAAGGCGAGACAAUAGUGAGUGCCAAACCCUUGUUCUUGCCAUCCCUCUCAGGCCAAGCAAAGGACCCCCAGAUAGCAGCUCAGUCUGUCCAGAGCCCUGGGACCGCAAGUGCCCAGCCUGGCCCUCAAGCUCCCCUUGCACUGGGACCCCACAGUCCAGCCCCGCUUCCCCGAGUGGGUGCCUGGCUGUACUUACCUCCUCCUCAAAGCUGCUGCUGCUGUGCUCGCUCUCCUUGGGCACGUUGCUCAUGGUGUAUGCAGGAGGGCAAAGUCAGAGGGAGGGCCAUUCCCUCUCCAUGUGAGGAGACCCGGCUUUGUAACCAAAGCAUCCUCACAAAUAGGAUGGGAGACCACCAGAAGAUGUCAGGAGGAGGGGACAAGGGGAUGGCGAAAGGGCAACUGGUGGCCAAGUGCUAACUGAGGACUUCCCUCAGAAUUUGACUCCCUCUCAUUAUAAUCUUUCCUUUUCCUUUCUUUUUUCCCCUUUUCUUCUUUUUGCUUCCCUCAUUUUUUUCCUCUCUUCUUUCUUCCCCUAUUUCCUUGUUUUCCCUUCCUUGGUCUCUUUCCUUCUUUUUCUUUGUCUUUCCUCUCCCUUCUUGGAUGCUCAACUGCAAAAGGAGAAACAUUUCUGGAUGCCUCCUUGCCUUGUGAUCAAAUGCCACGUUUGCUAGUAGUUUGUGGCCAAAGACUGAGAAUAAACCAAGCUCAGUUUUUCCCGUGCUUGCAUCUAGUGGGAGAGUCCACAGACAACAGCAAAACUAUCAAAUUGUUGGUUGUGAUAGUUGAUCAGAGCUCCUCUGUUUUUUAUGUAUAACAGCUUUAGUGUUUAGGAACAGAGAUAAAUUAGUUGCUUUUCUAUUAAUACAUAAUCCUUAAAAGGGCUGUCCUGUAGGGAGCCUCCCAUGGUCUAAUUCAGACUGGAAACAUAGCAAAGGAAAAUAUUUUCCCCACUCGGCUUUGUCCUGUUUUCCCCACUGGAAAUGGUUGUUUGCAACACACAAGGAGGGGAUAUUUUCCUGAGAGCUCACAGUUCAAGAAUACCAAUGUUAACUUGGAUUGCCCAUAAAGUUCGGUCCGCGAUAAAACAGAAGACAACAUUGCUUUCUCCUUUGAACUGGGGCAUCUCCAACCAAGUUGCCUCUCUCUCCUUCCUUCCUUCCUUCCCCCUUUCCUUUCUUUUUUUAACCUGCCAGAGGCUCCCUACAGACUUCCCAUAUUGACUUCAGCAUGGUUUUUAGUUCACAUUUCCCAGACGUGUAUUUUUCUGUGUGUGUGUGUGCCCCUUGCAGCCCAGCCAGGGCUGUGAUAUUGGAAGGGGUGAUAGCAGGACCAUAUUGCUGACGUAUUUGUUGCAUCCCCCUCUGUGGUGGCGAUGCGAGAAAAAAAUGUACAGUGGAAAAUGUUUCAUUUUUAAAAAAUGCAUUGUGUAAGAAGAAUAAUUUUGACAAGGAAAAAUGGGUAGUGUCAGUAUUGUUAUUAGGGUGAGGCGAGAUUUUCUGACUCUCCUGAAAUUGCGAGCUGGGCAGCAAAUAAGUUUAUUACUAAAUAAAUUUAAUAAUAAAAAGUUAACUCUUGCUCAGUUGUAAGGUUUCCAUACAUAUAGCAGGUUUUUAAAGCACUACAGUUGUCAACCUACUUGUACUCUGUCUCUUGUGCAUUCUGCAUCUCUAAAUACCAAUCUGUCUUCCUCAGCUUCCCUCUUCAGUGUAAAUAUAAAUUUUCAAUCGUACAUCAGUCCGGCCACCCUGUGGCUGUGAUGAUGUGAAAGUAGUGCCUAAAUUUAGGAUAACUUAGAAUAGGCAGCACAGAGAGGUAGUGCUUAGUUAAUGACCCCUGAAUGGCACUGAAUGAGGGGGAUUUAUAACCAGUCCUCAAAGUUCCAACCAUCCCUGAAUCCCCUGAACACCUGAUUGCAAUCCAACAUAUGGCAAUCCGUUCAUACGACAAAACAACUAGACACAAGGACAGUUUUUCCCCCAUGCCAUCACUCUGCUAAACAAUUCAUUCCCACAACACUCUCUUAUGCCCUCGGAUGUCAAAUCACAUAGUAGGUCUGUAUUACUAUUAUCCUUCUCAUCUUUCUUAUUAUCUAUUCCCUUAGCAUCUUAUGACUAUAACUUUAUUGUUUGUAUGUUAUGAUUUAUGUUUAUUGCUUAUUUAGUACCCUAAUAUGAGCCAGCAGUGUGCGGCGGCAGCCAAAAAAGCUAAUACAAUCCUUGGUGGUAUAUACAGAGGCAUAGAAUCAAAAUCAGAUGAAGUAUUAGUACCGCUUUAUAAAGCCUAAUUAAGGCCACACCUGCAAUACUACAUCCAGUUUUGGUCACCACAUUACAAAAAAGAUGUUGAGACUUUGGAAAAAGUGCAAAGAAGAGCAACUAAGAUGAUUAAAGGCCUGGAGAAUAAAACAUACAGUAUGAGGAAUGGUUGCAGGAUUUGGGUUUGGCUAAUAUAGAGAAAAGAAGGACUGGGAUGGGGACGGACAUGACAGCAGUAUUCCAGAGGCUGCCACAAAAAAGGAAGGGUCAACUUAUUUUCCAAAGUACCAGAUGGCAGGCCAAGAAACAAUGGUUAGAAACUAAUCAAGGAGAGGAGCUAUCAGGAAUUAAGGAGAAACUUCCUAACAGUGAGAACAAUUAACCAGUGGAACACUUGCCUUCAGAAGUUGUGGGUGCUUCAUCACAUCUUCUUUUUAAAAAGAAACUGACAAUCACUUGUCUGAAAUGGUAUAAGGUCCCCUGCUUUAGCAGGGGUUGGACGAGAAGACCUCCAAGGUCCCUUCCAGCUCUAUUCCGAUUGAUUGACUGAUUGACUAUCACCAAGAGUUGUAUCUUAUGAUUUAUGAGCAUUAUAUUUUAUGAUCAUGAUUUAUGAUCAGUGUACAUGAUGUACACUGAGAGCUAGUGCACCAGAGACAAAUUCCUUAUGUGUCCAAUCACACUUGGCCAAUAAAGAAUUCUAUUCUG